GAGGAGGCUUUGCUAGUCGUUCGUUCACUGAAAUUUGGGCAGAGAGGAAUUGAGAGCUGAAGCGCCAACACGGAUUUUCUUUGGGACAAACGCACAGGCCUCGCUGCUAAAACGAUGCCUUACUCCAGGCGGUACCUGUCCACAGAGCGGGUAAGCCGCAGCAGCUAUCAGGAACGGCAUCGUGAGCGAGACCGAAUGCGAGGUAGGAAGCAGCGACACCGCCGCUCGCCUUCCUUCUCCUCCAGCAGCGACCGAGAGAGGCGGGGACGAGCACACCGGCAGGAGGGUGGAUACGCACGCUCCAGGAGUUAUGACAACCGUUCUCCAGACCGACGUCCGUACAACAGACGUUAUUGUGAGAGCUACCGGCGACAGGACCACAGCAGAGAGCGGGAGCGCGUUACUCUGGAUGACUACUACUCUCAUGACGCUUCGCCCAGCUAUGACUACCGCCGCGCACAUGAGCGGGACCGUGGAGACUCGCGCCGGCAGAAAGGCAGCAGGCGUAAGCACAAACGAAGGCGGCGUAGAACCAGGUCCUUUAGCCCAUCCUCCUCGCAGCGGAGUGACAGCGGGACGCGGGCGCUGUGUGUGAGGGACGACGAGGAGGGUCAUCUGAUCUGUCGGAGUGGCGACGUCCUGCAAGAGAGAUAUGAAAUUGUUGGCACUUUGGGGGAGGGCACAUUUGGGAGAGUGAUGGAGUGCAUCGACCAUCGCAGGGGUGGAGCUCACGUUGCUUUGAAGAUCAUUAAAAAUGUUGAAAAGUACAAGGAAGCCGCGCGACUGGAGAUCAAUGUAUUGGAGAGGAUCAAUGAGAGAGACCCCGAAAAUAAAAAUCUUUGUGUUCGGAUGUUUGACUGGUUUGACUACCAUGGGCACAUGUGUCUCAGUUUUGAGCUAUUGGCUCUCAGCACCUUUGACUUCCUGAAGGAAAACAACUACCUGCCCUACUCCAUCAGUCAGGUCCGGCACAUGGCUUACCAAAUCUGCCUUGCUGUGAAAUUUCUACAUGAUCACAAGUUGACCCAUACAGACUUGAAACCAGAAAACAUCCUCUUUGUCAACUCUGACUUCACUAUAACAUACAAUAUAGAAAAGAAGAGAGAGGAGCGCACAGUGAAGAGUACGGCAGUUAGAGUAGUGGAUUUCGGUAGCGCCACAUUCGACCAUGAGCAUCACAGCACAAUCGUCUCCACGAGACAUUAUCGUGCACCUGAGGUCAUUCUAGAGUUGGGCUGGAGUCAGCCUUGUGAUGUGUGGAGCAUUGGCUGCAUUCUCUUUGAGUACUACCUUGGUUUCACACUCUUCCAGACUCAUGACAAUCGGGAACACUUAGCAAUGAUGGAGAGAAUAUUGGGCCCUGUUCCAUCCAGGAUGAUCCGCAAAACCAGAAAACAGAAGUACUUCUACCGUGGGCGACUGGACUGGGAUGAAAAUUCCUCAGCAGGACGAUAUGUUAGAGAGAACUGCAAACCCUUGCGGCGGUAUAUCCUGUCAGAGGCUGAGGAGCAUCACCAGCUGUUUGACCUGAUCGAGGCCAUGUUAGAGUAUGAGCCAUCUAAACGCAUCACUCUGGCUGUGGCCCUCAGACACCCCUUCUUUCAGAGCCCAAUCAAUGCUAAUGAUCAGCCUCCAGGCAAGAGCUGGGAGGGCAACCGUGACAUUAGCCGGUGACGUUGGACCCCAUCUGCCUUCGUUUUGCGCCAAAAAACCUUUAGCUCUCAUGGAAUAGGUGCUGAGAUUUAGGGUGGAACUGAGCUUGUAUGCCAAGUUUGGUAUUAACCUGGUGAAACAUUUCUUUAUUUUAAAGCAAACUCGUUGACCCAAGUACUUUUAUGAAAGGCUGGGUUAUAGGGUUGCACUGCUCUAUCAACUGAAUUCUUACAUGAAAAAUGAUGUGGGUCAUGCAAUGAGGGCUUGUUUUGUCUUAAAGUGGAGCUGCUUAGUUAUUUUGCAGAUCAGAUGCAGUACUGCUUUAUUUAUUUACAUGUACAUCCCGAGUAACGACAACUCAAUGUACAAUUUUUGGGUAGGAGUACCAUAAGAUCCAAUCCUUAUGAGAAUUUAGGAAUCUGAAGAAAUGUCUCAAUCUCAAGCAUAGUCUUCCACAGACCAAGGACAAAUUGGGAGGAAUUUUACCCAAUAUAGAAGGUGCAAAGUCCAUGGCAAAACUGAGAAAAGUCCGGUCUAUACUUGCAUAUAUGACUGGACAAAAGAGCAAAGUGGUCAAGAGAAUCAUGUCCUGGAGCAUAUUUGUUGUAGCAAAACAAAAAACGAGGUUUAUGGUGGUGUUCCCCCCCCCCCCCUUUUUUUCCCCUUUCUUUCUUUGGAAUGUAUUGAAUUUCAGAUGUAUCCAGGGCCCCAAAUUGAGCACCUUGGUUCCAUUCUGCCAUGCUAGAUUACAUUGCCAUACCAUCAGAAUAAGCUCAGUUCUUCCAGCUAUCAGCCCAUCACUGAGGCCAAAUAACCUUCCUUCACUUGCCUUUUAGACAAGCACUCCUCUUCGUACAAGAUGUUUCAACUGUCUCUCCAGGAGCUACAGUUUUACUGUGUAGUUCCUUUUUUUUGAAAGACACUUUUUGAAAUCUUUGUCUCACAUGUUUUAGCAAGGCUGAGACAUGCAUACACAUGCUCUUGUGUUGGUAUAAUGUUCAAGAUUUUUGUCCAUGUUCUCAAGCACAGAGCUUUUGUGUCCCUGUCAUUCUUGCCAGCACAGGUUUACAGUAUUUAUUUUCACAUCUAACUCAGCAUUAAUUCAGUCUGUGUUUUGUAUGAAGUAAACUGUGUAAAUCUGUACAUAUAAAUAUAUGUAUCUAUGACUGUAUAGAAUAAAGGCUCUGUCCAUGUGCCUGAUGUUUAUUGAAGUUGUGGCAGCUAUACAGGCAUCAAAUGA